AUGGGAACAACUGUAGCGCCAUGGAAGCAGCUUCUCUUUGGUUCGAUCGAAGCUAAUUCUCACUUAAGCCACUCUUCUUACGUUCAGCUCGCGACGAUUGGUUUGAAUGGACGGCCUUCCAAUCGCACCGUCGUAUUCAGGGGAUUUGAAGAGAACAGCGAUACGAUUCGAAUCAACACCGAUCUUCGUAGUCGAAAGAUUGAAGAGCUUAAGCAUUGUCCAUUUUCCGAGCUAUGUUGGUAUUUCUCUGACUCUUGGGAGCAAUUCAGAAUCAAUGGAAGAGUUGAGGUCAUUGAUGCCUCGAGUCCGGACAAGACUAAGCUUCAGCAAAGAGAGAAAGCUUGGUUUGCUAAUUCUCUAAAGUCAAGGCUGAUGUACACUUGUCCUACUCCUGGUAGUCCUUACAACAGCGAGCAACCGAACCAAGAAGUAAAAUUAGAUCCCUCAAGUGGUCCAGUUCCUGCGUACUGCCUCCUGCUUCUAGAGCCAGAAAAGGUUGAUUACUUGAACCUGAAAAGUAACCAGAGGCUUUUGUUUUCGUCGAUGGUUAGUGGAACAGGAGACAAGUGCUGGACUUCAGAAAAGGUUAAUCCAUAG